AUGGAGGCCUUCAAUGAGUCUUCCCCGUUCAACUUCUCCCUCCCGCACAACUUCGGCAAGCGGCCCACCGACCGGGCGCUGAGCAUCAUUCUGGUGAUCAUGCUGUUAGCCAUCAUGCUCUCGCUGGGCUGCACCAUGGAGUUCAGCAAGAUCAAGGCGCACUUCUGGAGGCCCAAGGGGCUGGCCGUCGCCCUGGUGGCGCAGUUUGGCAUCAUGCCCCUCACUGCCUUUGGACUGGGCAAGUUCUUCCAGCUGAACAACGUCGAGGCCCUAGCCAUCCUGAUCUGCGGCUGCUCGCCGGGGGGGAACCUCUCCAACAUCUUCACCUUGGCCAUAAAGGGGGACAUGAACCUGAGCAUCGUGAUGACCACCUGCUCCACCUUCUUUGCCCUGGGCAUGAUGCCCCUCCUCCUGUACCUUUACUCCAGGGGCAUCUACGACGGGUCCCUGAAGGACAAGGUGCCCUACGGCGGCAUCGUGAUAUCACUGUUCCUGAUUCUCAUCCCUUGCACCAUAGGCAUCAUCCUCAAAUCCAAACGGCCACAAUACGUACCCUACGUCACCAAGGGAGGGAUCAUCCUCCUGCUUUUGUGCAGUGUGGCUGUUGUAGUGCUCUCCGCCCUCAACGUGGGCAAGAGCAUCUUGUUUGUCAUGACACCACACUUGCUGGCCACCUCCUCCCUGAUGCCUUUCAUCGGCUUCCUGCUAGGCUACCUUCUCUCUGCUCUUUUUUGCCUCAAUGGACGAUGCAAACGCACUGUCAGCAUGGAGACUGGAUGCCAAAAUAUUCAACUCUGCUCCACCAUCCUCAAUGUGACCUUCCCCCCUGAAGUCAUCGGACCACUUUUCUUCUUUCCUCUCCUCUAUAUGAUUUUCCAGGUUGGAGAAGGGCUUCUCCUUGUUGCCAUCUUUAGGUGCUAUGAGAAAUGCAAGCAUUCCAGCGAUAACACAAAAAUGACCUACAAAGUUGAUGCAACUGAAGAAACCCUCCCAACAGCUCUGGGAAAUGGCACUUACAAAGGGGAGGAGUGUAAUGUUGGGUUUACUUCAGCCUUCCCCAAAGAGCUGGAUUCUGGUCAGAAGGCAACUGAGCAACUCAACGUGGCAAACUGA